AUGGUCGCCAAUCCCGAAACUGGCUCCAUGGAUACCCAACAGACGGGCACUAGCAUCGGCGAAGGCGUCGUCAUCAUAGACUUUGGUUCCCAGUACAGCCACCUUAUUUCGAGGCGCGCCAGGGAAUUGAAGGUCUAUUCGGAAGUUGUCACUGCCUCUUCGACCUGGGAACGGGUUACGGAACGCAUUUUGCCCAAGGGAGUUAUCCUUUCGGGGGGACCAGCCAGUGUUUACGAGCAGGGUGCGCCACUAAUUCCGGGUUGGGUUUUCGAGCAACAGUUGCCGGUAUUGGGGAUAUGCUACGGCAUGCAGGCCCUCGUUCACCAGAUGGGCGGGAUUGUUGCGCCUGGUGACAAGCGGGAGUACGGGUCUGCCAUUCUCCGCCAAAACGCGAUCGAAGGAGCCGAAGGUGACCUGUUCGCCGGUUUGCCCAGCGAUAUUCAGGUCUGGAUGAGCCACGGAGACCGAGUUGACUCGCUUCCGCCAGGAUUUGCCUCGGUGGCCUGCUCUGACAAUUCUCCCUACGCGGCCAUAAGCAAUGGCGAAGCUCUUUUUGGCCUCCAGUUCCACCCUGAAGUUGAGCACACUCCCCUGGGACAAGAAAUCCUGGAAAACUUCCUCUACCGGGUGUGCUAUUGCCGUGGCACGUGGACUCCGAAGAGUUUCGUUUCCGAUUCUAUCCACAGAAUCAGAAACCAGAUUGGAGACGGCAGGGCGAUUUGCGCCCUCUCCGGAGGAGUGGAUUCUUCCGUGGCCGCCGUGCUCCUCCACCAAGCUAUCGGUGACAAGCUUACCUGCAUUUUCGUCAACAACGGAUUGUUGAGAAAGGGCGAAGCAGAGCAGGUACAGGACACCUUCCGGCAAAACCUGGGAUUGAAUCUGCUGUACGUUGACGCUUCGGAGCGGUUUAUAACCAGGCUGGCUGGCGUGACAGACCCGGAAGUCAAGCGAAAGGCCAUUGGGGAAGAAUUCAUUCGGGUCUUUGAAGAAUCGGCUAUCGAGCUGAGCGACACUCAGUUCCUGGUGCAGGGAACUCUUUACCCGGAUGUGAUUGAGAGCGAGACACCGGACAACAGGGCUUCCGCUCGAAUUAAGACUCACCACAAUGUCGGCGGCUUACCCGAGCACAUGGAUUUGGACCUGGUCGAACCCCUGCGUUACCUGUAUAAGGAUGAAGUUCGAGAAGUUGGGAUGGAAUUGGGAUUGCCCCGUGAGAUAGUGAUGCGGCAACCCUUCCCUGGGCCGGGCCUGGCCAUCCGCAUAAUCGGCGAGGUUACCGAAGAACGACUGGAAAUAUUGCGGGAAUGUGACUGGAUUGUCCUCGACGAGAUUACCAGGGCGGGACUUUACGAGGAAAUAUGGCAAAGCUUCGCGGUUUUAAGUGACAGUCGCACCGUGGGAGUCAUGGGUGACUUCCGCACCUAUGGAUAUGUUUGCGCCAUCCGGGCCGUCUCCAGCAGCGACGCCAUGACAGCGGACUGGGUGCGGUUGCCCUACGACGUGUUGGGCCGUAUCUCCACAAGAAUAGUCAACGAGGUCCCGGGGGUUAACCGGGUAGUGUAUGACAUUACCAGCAAACCUCCCGGUACCAUCGAAUGGGAAUAG